AUGAGACAAAUUUUGAUUGAUGGUCAGUCACACUACUCAAUGCAUUGCAAGAAAAUUACGCUCAAAAAUCGUGGUGUUAUUAAUACACAGAUCUCAGCAAAGAGAUUACUUUUUUUAAUCAAUUCAUUAUUCUUUCAAUCAAAUAAAUUGGUUGAUCAAGUUUAUCAAUCAAUACAGGCAAAAGAAAUAGGGGUCGUUGACUAUAGCUUCAGUCACCUUAGUUAUUAUGGUGAUGUUUAUCAAGAUGAAAUUGACUAA